UUGUGGAGGGGGCAGGCUCUGCAGGGAAGUGCGUCAGAAGAGGCGCGAGCAGAGUAGGGUGCUGUGGUCUGAGCUUGAGGGCGAAGCCGGCGAAUUAGGAGGAUGGGCGGUGAUAGACUAGAGAACAAGACCUCUGUCUCCGUAGCAUCCUGGAGCAGUCUGAAUGCCAGAAUGGAUAACCGUUUUGCUACAGCAUUUGUAAUUGCUUGUGUGCUGAGCCUCAUUUCCACCAUCUACAUGGCAGCCUCAAUUGGUACAGACUUCUGGUAUGAAUAUCGAAGUCCAGUUCAAGAAAAUUCCAGUGAUUUGAACAAAAGCAUCUGGAGCGACUUUGCUAGUGAUGAGGCAGAUGAAAAGACUUACAAUGAUGCCCUUUUCAGAUAUAAUGGCACAGUGGGAUUGUGGAGACGGUGUAUCACUAUACCCCAAAACACAUAUUGGUAUAGCCCACCAGAAAGGACAGAAUCAUUUGAUUUGGUCACAAAAUGCAUGAGUUUCACGCUAAAUGACCAGUUCAUGGAGAAAUUUGUUGAUCCUGGAAACCACAAUAGUGGGAUUGAUCUGCUUCGGACAUAUCUUUGGCGUUGCCAGUUCCUUUUACCUUUUGUUAGUGUUGGUUUGAUGUGCUUUGGGGCUUUGAUUGGACUUUGUGCUUGUAUCUGCCGAAGCUUGUAUCCCACGAUUGCCACAGGCAUUCUUCAUCUCCUUGCAGGUCUGUGUACACUGGGCUCAGUGAGUUGUUAUGUUGCUGGAAUUGAACUGCUCCAUCAGAGACUAGAGCUGCCGGAGAAUGUGUCUGGUGAAUUUGGAUGGUCCUUCUGCUUGGCUUGUGUCUCAGCUCCCUUACAGUUCAUGGCUUCUGCUCUCUUCAUCUGGGCUGCUCAUACCAACCGCAAAGAAUACACCUUAAUGAAGGCAUAUCGUGUGGCAUGAGUUGGGAGGCUUCCUGCUUUACAAUUGCCAUUUUUAUUAUUUUUUAACAUUAAUAUUUUCCCUUGUCUACUCCCAGUUGUUUUUAACUUUUUUUUUUGUGUGUGUGAAUAUGCCAUUUUAUCCUGAAAAUCCAUUUUAGUUUUUCACACAGUUGUUUCUUAAUACCACUAAAAUUUACAUGGAUUAUUCUCAGUAAUUCCAUGUUUCAGACAAACUAAUGUAGGUUCAGAGUCCAGACAGAAAUUUGUAGACACUUGGCACAAAUUUGUGAAAGAAAAUUGGUAGGGGGAAAUUGACCCCAAACAAAUUCUGCUGUUUGUUAGACAUUUCAAUAGAGUAACUUUGUCGUUCAACUGGAAACUCUUUAGUUUCAUUGUCAAAAGUUAUGUUCACUUUGCUGUUGUAGUUAGCCAGUCAGCCGUGGGUGUUAGUGCUAUUUUCAAAGGUUUAAGCUUUAUAAAAUAGGGAAAUUACCUAAGAUCUUUUUCCCGAAAUGUUGGCAUAUAGCAUUAUCUGAGGUGAAAUAUGGCAGCUGUUUAUCUGCAUGUGUCUGUCUACAAGAAAGGAAGUGAAAAAUACAGCACUUAACUUAAAAUUUUAACUUUGAACGGCAAAAAGUCCAAUUCAGCAAGACAAGACGAUUAACCUUAUUUUACUUCUUUUUUUUUAACCUUCUGUGACUAGGACUUUCAAUACCACCAAACCAUUUUGGAUUUUUGUUCCUUCCGUCUUCUUACAUCAAGUUUAUUAAAAGAAUGCUUUUUCUUUCUUUUUAACACUACAUCGGGGUCACAGAGUAAAAUUCUCCAACUAUUUAUUCCAGCUAAGUACCAUAAAGAAGGUUCCACCAAAAUGACCCUCCAGAGCUAGGAAAACUGCCACAAGACCUAAAACUUUGGCUGGUCAUUUACUUCCAACUAUGGUCUUUAUUUCUUGUGGUGAAAUGAUGUGCCUUUCCUUGCCUAAACCCUUUCCUGGUGUAUAUCAACAUCAUUUAACAUCUUUCAAUUCACUAAUUUUUUAAAUAAAUAUGUCUAUAAACAUUGAACUUAGAAAAAUCUUAUUUAUUUAUUCCAUUACUGUAGCACUUAGCAGAUUUUUUAAAAAUGUAACAGUAAUUUCUUACAAUAUCAUAAAUCUGUCUUUUUUUAAAAAAUAAAAAAUGAGAAGAGACUCAGAA